GUGUGUAAGAGAGAGAGAGAGAGAGAAACGUUUAAUUCUGUUUCAGUUUUGUACACAAAGCCUCUAUAAAGCAUGACAAUACAAGGACAACGUUUUUGAGUAGCAAAACACAGAAUAUAGGUUUGGUUUGUGAAGACGCGAUGUAAAGCUCAAGCUUAUUACUCUGUUCUUGUAAGGUUAGUAAAAUCCACCUGAUACUCUGUUUUACAUUCUAGGACGAACUUUGUUUGGUUUUGUGGGUGAGUGUAUUUCGUCAUUCUUCAAGAUAAAGACAUUACUGGAGAUUUACGAUAGCUUCAUUGCUGAAAACAGGAAAUUGUAUGUCGAACCUUUUGUACACCCACUUCCGGAUCCUCCGUCGGGACGGAAUAGAUCCAGAGCUGACAGUAUCGUUGUGCAUGAGGCCACUAGUGUACUGAAUAAUACAGUGAUUUACAAUGAUUGAUCUUUCAUCUCUGUCUGUGACCUGGAUCCUGGUGGUUCUGGUUUUAACCCUCCUGUAUAUGUAUGGUGUUUGGCCACAUGGAUUUUUCAAAAAACUAGGAAUUCCAGGACCAAGACCCUGGCCUUUUUUUGGCACAUUUCUUUCGUACACUAAAGGCUUUUUUAAUUUCGAUAUGGAGUGUGCCAAGAAGUAUGGAAAAGUAUGGGGGAUCUAUGAUGGAAGGUUGCCGAUACUAAUGGUCACUGACCUUGAAAUGAUCAAAACGAUUAUGGUGAAAGAAUGUUAUUCUACCUUCACUAACCGAAGGGAAAUAAAUGUGGAUCUUGCUGGCCCCCUUGCUGAUGGAAUAACUGCAGUUAAAGAUGAGAGGUGGAAGCGAAUCCGUGGUACACUCUCUCCAUAUUUCACUAGUGGCCGGCUGAAGGAGAUAUUUCCCAUAGCCAUGACACAUGCAGAUCGGUUUAUUAAAAAUAUGCAAAAGGGGGACCACGAACAGCCAGUUAAAAUCAAAGAAGUUAUGGCUUCAUACAGUUUAGAUGUGGUCACCAGCUCAGCUUUUAGCGUUGAUAUCGACUCUAUUAAUAACCCUGAUGAUCCCUUUGUUACCAACAUAAAGAACUUUUUAAAGUUUAAUCUGUUUGGUCUUUUCGUUCUUCUUUUGACUGUAUUCCCCUCUAUUGCAAAUCUUUUGGGGAAGAUGGGAUUAAGCAUGUUUUCAAAGCCGACUGUGGAUUUUUUCUACAAGGCCCUGAGAAAGAUAAAGGAGGAGCACAAGGAUUCAAAUGGUCGGGUAGACUUUUUCAGACUCAUGAUACAGAAUGAAAUACCUGAUGAUCAAGUGAAGGACACUACAAGUGAACAACCAGAAAAAGGAUUAACAGACCAUGAGAUUCUCUCCCAAUCCUUUAUUUUUAUCAUGGGUGGUUAUGAGACUACAAGCACGACUCUCACUUUCCUUCUCUAUAAUCUUGCUAUUAAUCCGGACUGCCUGGAAAAGCUGGUUGAGAAGAUCGACAAAAACUUCCCUCUUGAUACUCCCAUCUCAUACGAUGCAUUGAUGAAAAUAGAUUACUUGGAAAUGUCUAUAAAUGAGUCAAUGCGUCUCCUACCCACUGCCCCACGCUUGGAAAGGGUCUGUAAGAAGACUGUAGAGAUGAAUGGCAUCACCAUACCAAAGGACACAAUGAUUACAAUUCCUACAUAUGUUUUAAAUCAAGACCCGCAGCUCUGGGAUUCCCCUCAUGAGUUCAGGCCUGAAAGGUUCAGUCCAGAGAAUAAGUCUGAGUUUCUCCAGUACGCUUUUAUGCCUUUUGGACUCGGGCCUCGAAACUGCAUUGGAAUGAGAUAUGCUCUAAUGAUCGUAAAGCUUCUUGUUGUGAAGCUGCUACAGAACUUCAGUGUAGAAACAUGUAAAGAAACGCAGAUCCCUCUAGAGCUGAAUCCUGUUUUUCAGCCAAAGGUUCCCAUCACACUGAAGUUAACACCCAGGAAAAGGAAUAAUUAAAAUACAGAACAUGUUUA